AGUGGACUAAAGAUGGGGGAGCAAGGUGGUUGGCUGGAGGAUGACAGAGGAGACUGGGCGGCCAUCUUGGAUUCCCAGACCGGUGAAGCCAAGGGCCCGGGGGAUGACAUCACCGAGCAGGCCAGGAACAGAGGCGACAUAGUGGAGGUCAGUGGAUGGGACAGCGUCCUCAACUCUGGGCUGGGGAACAACACUGUUAACCACAACCAAAAACAGACAGUUGAACACAAAACAACAACCAAAUUUAGUCUCCAUGACAACAGACUGGCUGAGACCAGGACGAGACAUAGAUUUGGUCCGGGGGGACGGGGAGGUGUCCAUAUGCAGCUGGAGAGAACAGAUACAGACUCGGCUAGCGAUGCUCCGUCCUGCUCCUAUAGUUGUGAUUCAGACAGGCUGAUGGCGCCUCAGGUUAACCCCCUAACAGGUGCUGCCUUCAGCCUGCCUUCUAUAGGAUCUAUCAGCUGGAACAUGGACCCUGCGACAACACAGACACUCCCUGGUCUUCAUCCUCCUCACAAUCUCCUAAUGUUAAACCAGACCUCAGACAAUGCCAGUGCCUCAACACUGAGUGGCUACACAAGUCCAUUGACAAAUGACAAUAGUAGAGAUGGAAUCAGUAAAGCUGGCAGCGCCAAAGAGAAGCACUUCCCGUGUUCGUUCUGUGGGAAAGUCUUCAGUUUCCGCAAACAGGUGGCGAUCCACCAGAGGAUGCACACGGGGGAGAAACCGUUCGGCUGCCACCUGUGCCUGGCCAGUUUCUCUGACUCGUCCAACCUGAAGAGGCACCAGAGGGUCCACACAGGGGAGAAACCCUACAGCUGCCCCCAGUGUGAGAAGAGGUUCUCCCACCAGCCCCAUCUGAAGAGGCACAUGAAGAUCCACACUGGAGAGAAGCCGUUCACCUGUACGCACUGCGGGAAGAGGUUCUCAGAGAGGAGCUACUUCAGGAUACACCAGCAGAAAAUGCACACCGCCCAUGUAUAGAGUAUGGUGACGUAAUUUACAUUUUACAUUUUAGUCAUUUAGCAGACGCUCUUAUCCAGAGCGACUUACAGUUAGUGAGUGCAUACA